AUGAACCCCUGGAUGCUCUUCGCCCUGCUCGGGCUCUGUGCAGCGCUUUCGCCCAUAAAACAGGAAGAAGAGGACUAUGAAGAUGUGCCCAUAAAUAAGACCUGGGUCUUAUCACCGAAGGUCUAUGAGAGUGAUGUGACUUUGAUCUUAAAUAAACUGCUGCUGGGCUACGACAACAAACUGCGCCCUGACAUCGGAGUGAGGCCAACAGUGAUUGAAACAGCCGUGUAUAUCAACAGCAUCGGACCAGUGGACCCCAUCAACAUGGAAUACACCAUUGACAUCUUCUUUGCCCAGACAUGGUACGACAGCCGACUGAAGUUCAACAGCUCGAUGAAGCUGCUAAUGCUAAACAGUAACAUGGUAGGCAAAAUCUGGAUUCCCGACACAUUCUUCCGGAAUUCACGCAAAUCCGACGCCCACUGGAUCACCACUCCUAACCGCCUCUUGAGGCUGUGGAGCAAUGGGAGGGUCAUGUACACACUGAGGUUGACUAUAAAUGCGGAGUGUUACCUUAAGCUGCAUAACUUUCCAAUGGAUGAGCACUCAUGCCCCCUGGAGUUUUCAAGCUAUGGUUAUCCUAAAAAUGAGAUCAUGUACCGGUGGCAGAGACGAGCGGUAGAGGUGGCCGACCAGCGGUACUGGAGACUCUAUCAGUUUGCCUUCGUAGGGUUGAGGAACAGCUCGGAUGUGGCACACACCCAAUCAGGGGAAUAUGUAGUCCUGACCAUCUUCUUUGACCUGAGUCGAAGAAUGGGGUACUUCACCAUCCAGACCUACAUCCCCUGCAGCAUGAUCGUAGUCUUGUCCUGGGUUUCCUUCUGGAUCAAUAAGGAUGCCGUCCCAGCCCGCACGUCUCUAGGUAUCACCACAGUGCUCACCAUGACGACUCUCAGCACCAUCUCCAGAAAGUCCCUGCCUAAGGUUUCCUAUGUCACUGCCAUGGACCUGUUCGUCUCUGUUUGCUUCAUCUUCACCUUCGCUGCCCUCAUGGAGUAUGGCACUCUGCACUACUUCACCAGCAACCGACAGACCAAGAAGUCUAAAGCCAGCCUUAACACACAGCAGAGAGCGUCCAGCAUGGUGAACAUCCGACCAGGAACGUCCCUGCUGCAGAUGAACAGCAUUGUGCCGUAUCAUGACGAGGAUGAUUUUGAUUCUGAGUGUUUGGACGGAAAAGACUGCACCAGCUUCUUCUGCUGCUUCGACGACUGCCGCUCAGGCGCCUGGCGUGAAAACAGGAUGCACGUACACGUUUCCAAGAUUGAUACCUACUCACGAGUAUUCUUCCCCACCGCUUUUGGCCUUUUCAAUCUGGUUUAUUGGAUAGGUUAUCUGUAUCUAUAA